AUGCGAACAGAAAAUCAGAUAGACCAUAUACUGAUCUCAAAAAGAUGGAGGAGCUCAUUACUGGAUGUCAGAAGCAGACGCGGGGCAGACAUUGCAAGCGAUCAUUUUCUAGUGGUGGGUCAACUGAGAAUUAAACUUUUAAAAAAGAUAGAUAAAAAUUUUGCCAAAAGACCGAAAUAUAACAUCGAACAGCUUAGAAAACCUAACGAACUCCAGAAAUUUAAGAACAAGCUCAAACAACAAAGGGAGAAUACUAACGUAGCUUCGUGGAACGAGGCAGCAGACUUGUUUAAAACCGUUGCUGAAGCGACAUUAGGCACAAAACGCAUAAAAAGCAAAGAAUGGCUUAGCGACGACUUAAGAGAACAAAGUAAAAAAGUAAAAAACUUAAUAGAACAAAGAGCUCAGAUAAAACAAAGAAUAAAUACAACUUCAACUCACGAGACCAAAACUACUUUACAACAACAAUAUCAAGUAUCGUAUAGAGCAGUUAAGAGAUCAGCCAGAAAGGACAAACAAGCUUGGCAUGAACAACUAGCAAACGAGGCACAAAAAGCCACAGAACAACGCAAUAUGAGGGAACUGUACAAAAUAACAAAACACCUGAGUGGACAACGUAGUAACUUCAAUACAGUUAUUAAAAGCAAAGACGGCAGACCACUAACAUCCUCUGAAGAACAGCUUAACAGAUGGAAAGAACACUUCAGCAACCUGCUUGGACCAAUAAGUGAACAAAAUUUCGACAACGAGGAACCGAAGCCAACAAUCGAAAUGCCUAUCAACUGCGACACGCCAACGAAAACAGAAAUACAAAAGGCUAUUAAAACACUUAAGAACAUAAAGCAGCCGGCCCCGAUAGCGUCCCUGCAGACCUCCUCAAAGCAGAUCCUAGCACAGCAGCAGACAUACUGCAUCCUCUAA